AACAGAAACCAUAUUGUUGAAUACUGUAAUUCUAAGAUGUAUACUUGAAUUUUAAGGUUGUUCAAUAUGAUGGAAAGGAAAAGAAGGUUGACUCCAUGGAGUUUGACUUCCAACUUCGCAAAUAUUAGAACAAGUUCUAAUUGCGUGACAAAAUCCAGGAAGAUUUUGAUUUUUCGUCAAAUUCCUGUUUGCUACUUUUUAAUCCAUAGAUAUAAUUGUCAAAUGUAUAACGGUUGGGUAUUUCAGAUCCGAAUCAGCGUAUCUUUCGACAUUCAUCUUAAUUUGAGUUUGACGGUUUCACUAAAUAACAAAAAGAUUAGGUAGUUACGAAUUAGUCACACGUUUUCGAAUUGUGCACCGUCUAUCAAACGACUGAAAGCUCAAUUUGACUAAAAAUGGCAGGCGGUAUACAAAGUACGGCCCACACGUGAAGGAAAAGACUGGAAGAAAAGCAUGACGUCGUGAUCGGCUUAAUACUUUGACAGUGACAACUUGACAUUGUUCUAGAAGACCUCGGAAAAUACUUUGUUUUCGUUGUGGAAGAGUCCAAAAAUCUUGCUAGUUUUUUUGAUAGUUAAAAAAACUGAAAGAUAACACUUGAAGGUCAAUCACCGGCUAUCAAUACGUUAUCUGGAUAAGCAACUCGAUCAUGUCAGAAGGGACCUGUGAAGGCAAGCCUAAACUCCCAGUUAGGCAUGACUGGUACCAAACCGAUGCCGCAGUUGUUAUUACUGUAUUAGUAAAAAAUAUACAAAACGAGUGUCUGAAAGUAGAAUUCAAUGAAUCAUUUGUGAAAUUGAACAUCUCACAACCUGAAUAUGAACCUUGCGAAAUGUGCUUCAAAUUAUCAUAUAAAGUCGUACCAGAGCAGUGCAGCUAUAAGCUCACACCAUCCAAGAUAGAAAUAAAACUAAAAAAGGCUGAAGGUUUGAGGUGGGAAAAACUUGAAGGUGAUCCAAUAGCAGAAAAUAUAAAAGCUGUUCCUGCCGACCCAACAUCUAAACUUGACGGUCCACCAUCUUAUCCAACUUCGAAAAAAGGAAAAGAUUGGGCUGUAGUAGAGAAAGAGAUAAAAAAACAAGAAGCAGAAGAAAAGCCAGAGGGAGAAGAAGCCCUAAAUAAACUGUUUCAGGAAAUUUAUGGUAAAGGCAGUGAUGAGGUGAAAAGGGCUAUGAAUAAAAGCUAUAUGGAAAGUGGCGGCACUGUGCUGAGCACAAACUGGGACGAAAUAUGUAGGAGAAAAGUUGACGUAAAGCCACCAGAUGGUUGUGAAUUUAAAAAAUGGAAUUAAUUGCGUCCUCGUUUAUUAUAUAUUAUUAUAAAUUAUCUAUUAGUUUCGAUUACAACACACUUCUUUCAAUACAUGUAUUUUCUUGAAAUAAAGCUCUAAACAAAAAUAUA